UCUCGGCUUUUCUGAUCUGUAAUCGUUAUUCUGUGCUAACAGGGUCUCAGCUACCCACUCCUUCCAAUAGGUGGCGAUACUUGACAAACUUCACAGGUUUCUUUUCCACCCCUCUCAUCUCCUCUAUUACGUAACAGACGCAGGAUCCUAUCGCUGCGCUCCAUGUAAUAUUGCGGGUUCAGAGUUGAAAGGUGAAAAGUGUGAAAGAUGGCAGCCGGCGAGCUGAGGUGUUGGCAGUGAAUUACAUGGCAUCCCCCGAGUAGAUUUAUGUGCGUCUGUCACUUUAAGAAUUGGAAUGCAGCAAGGUGUGAUUUCUUGAGGCACAAACAGGUCCCUGGAACAUUUACGAAAGAUAGUACAAUGGCAGUAGUGUACGAGUUUGUGUGGAGAGUGCUGCACGCCCUUCUCCACCUCCAGCGAACGCUCCUCAGCUGGUUCCGAAUCCGAAUUUGGAACUGGAACUGGCGGCUGUGGAAGCGGGCAGUGGCAGCGGUCCUAGUGCCGGCAGUAUUCGGAUUCCAGAACCACAUCCACGAGAACAAGAAGCCGGUAGCCGGGACCGGCAAGAGGAGCAGCCGGCGGGUUCGCUGGCGAGCGGACGGGAAGUCUCUGGAGAAGCUCCCGCUGCACGUAGGUUUAUUGAUCGCAGAAGAGGAGCCUCGCUAUACAGACAUCGCCAACCUGGUGGUUUGGUGCAUGGCGGUAGGCAUCUCUUAUGUCAGCGUCUACGAUAAUCAAGGUAUCUUUAGGAGAAAUAAUUCAAGACUCAUGGAUGAAAUCCUAAAGCAGCAGCAAGAUCUAUUGGGUGUGGACACUUUAAAACCCUCUGUUGAGUUUUUAAAUAACAGUAAUGAGAAGCUGGACCACCAAGCCCUGUGGUGUCAGGCAGCAGUGAGGGUAUUGUCCCCAGACGAUGGGAAGCCCAGCAUAGUGAGAGCAGCCCAGCAGCUGUGCCAGUUAGUGGAACAGAAGGAGAGGAGGGCCGCAGAUAUAGACGUAAACAUGGUGGACUCUGUACUCAAAGGUGCAAAACAUAUACCAGAUCCUGAUUUAGUGCUGAAGUUUGGCCCGGUGGACAGCACGCUAGGGUUUCUUCCCUGGCACAUCAGACUAACAGAAUUUAUUUCUUUACCCUCCCACAUAAACAUCACAUAUGAGGACUUUUUCUUGGCGCUGAAGCGAUACGCUGCCUGUGAACAGCGUCAGGGGAAGUGACAGCCGGGGCUGCCAUGGGAACCAGGAUGCGAUACACACACAGAAAAAAGGGACCUGCCCUCUCUGGAUGUUUACAAGCACCCAAGAACAAAUUCCAGCCUCGUUCAGCACUUGCAUUUUUUAUUUGAGUUUCUCAAAGGAAGAUUAAUAAAAUGUCUUAUUACCUCUCUGCGGCUAAUGGGGUAUGUCUGUAGAGGCCUGAAGUUAAUUCAUGGAAAAUGUGACUUGGUUCUAGGGGGAGAGUCAAGCAGUUUGUUUGGUAUGGCUUAUGUUGUAAUGUUCAUUGUUAGGCACUGGGUUAGUAGUAUGGUGUAUCUGCUUUGUUUUUAAGUACGGUUUGGUUCAAACGUUUAAAAAAAUCUGUUGCCAUUCAAAUCUAUAUGGACCUAAAUUAUGUUUUCUUUACUUUAUGCACUAAAAAAAUACCUGGCCAAUUUACUUGAGUAGGAGACUUUGGAAAAUUCUAAAGUGCUAAAUAUUUUAAUUAGCUUGUAUUUUACUGCUGUUGCGUUUUCUUGGGUGAAUCAACAGGUGUUCAUGAAAGCAAUAGUAAGGAUAGGUGUGAGUUGCUGAAGAACGCACUGUCUAGUAGUGGAGUUUGAUGGAAGAUCAGAACAGUGCUUCUAUGGAGAAGCGUUUUGUAUGCAAAGCACAGUAGAUCCCAUGGCGUUUUUUUUAUUCUGUGGAGAGGCCGGUGCAGUGCAGUGCUGUAACCUGUUAGCUACGGCUAUGUGUGUUUAGCUAUGUGGGCGUACAGAAGGAUUUUCAGGGGCAUAGUUCAUAUGAUUUCAAUUACAGAUUUUAAUAUGAUUUGAGAAGUGAAGAGACUUGAAAAAAACAUCAAAGUGGAAAAGAUGCUUGGCAUAGAAGUCAUCAAAUGAGCAAUGAAUCCUGUAAAAAGCAACUAUUAUCUAUGACGCUGGUUUGCAUUUUGUGAGUUAUGGAUGAUUCAAUUAAAUUAUUGUUUUGCGAGACAGUCUGGGUACAGCCAGGAUUUAUUCUCCAUACGCAUUUAAAAUACAGUUACGUAGCUUCUUCCCUUUCUUCACAAGAACUUGGAAGACACAAUCAUUUAAGGAUACGUUUCCAAGCAGAGUGCAUAUCUCAGCUUCCUGUAAAAUUGACAGAAUAAGAUUUUAUAGUGGGUAUUGCUAUGAAAUGAAUUCCCACAUGAAACAUGCAUAAAAAUGAAAUUAAAAAAAUAUUUAAUAUUGUAGCUCGGAGGUUGCUGCAGAUUAAAUGCACCUCAAAACAGCUAAGGCUUGUAUUGCCCUACUCUUCUAUUAGCCUUUUUUUGCUCUUACAUAAAUACUUGAACUUCAUAUUUAUGUAAUUCCAGUAGUCUUCAUCCCAUCCUUUUAGACUGUUGAAGGUUAACACGUUUCUCCUGUUUCAUACAUCAGGGGAAAAAAAAAGUAUUAGAUUUUCAAUUUAAAUGUAUUUUUUUAUAAUCAUGAUUUACCCCUCUGAAGCUUUUUCAUGGGAUGUCCUGUAAUCUAUAUAGUGCACCUUAACUGAAUGAGGCAAACUUAGGCUGUAAAAGAAAUCGAGAAACUAGACAUUGCUGUCAUUUUUUAUAUUCAUUUUUAGGAAUUGUUUUGUCUGUCCGUCCAUGCCUUUAACAGUGAAAGUAAACAUAUUUUUCAAGACAAUUGCACUAGUGAUAGAAAAUAUUAAAAGCGGUGAUCAUUGAAAUCCAGCAUGUUAAAAGGUUUUUAUUUCUAUGUUUUUGGAAAGGUUUUCUCUUAGGUCCACAAAACCUGAAAGGUUUGGUAUCACAUUUUCUCUAAUACUGUGACCAUUUUAUUUUGUUUCACGUGAGCACACAUUUUCAAAAUUCAAAUUUGAAAUUGAAAUGUAGUCCUGUUAAAUUGAACUUAAUAGCAGUUGACCAUUUUUAUAUGAUGUUUUUUUUAAUUAACAUUUUUCUUUCACAAAUGUCAAUGACAAACAGUAAAGCCUUCACACCAUGCUGCUAAUACCACUAAUUGAUGGAUCAAAUACAGAAAGAGGAAUUUUUCUACGCUUUAUCUGUUCUUGUGGAUUUGUGCAGGAAAGCUAGUUUAGAAUUGCCCUUCCUCAGUUUUCGUGAUCUUCACCAGUAUCAUUUAUCAAGAAUGUAAAACCAACUUAUUUUUUCCUUUACUACUUUAAAGGUAUUUCUUUAAACCAUUUCUUUGAGAUUGAGGUUUAAAGUUUGAAAGAUACUUCCAAAUAGGCAUCCUGUAUAAUGUUAUUUACUUGUCUUUUGAUUCUUUGUAGAACUGUAUAUUCUCUGAUGUCUGAUGUCUUUGGAACAUGGCACUGCUGGUAUGCUUGGCCAUGUGACUGAUCCAGCAUUUUACAGCUCAGCAGUUACAGUAUUUCACUUCUUUCUAUUUCAAUGCCAAACUGACUGGAGGAGCUGAAUAACCAUUUAUGUGGACUAUGUUGCUCCCGGUUUCGAAAGUAUUCUCUGUUACAGUAAAUAGAUGGAGCUACUGUAUGCAGUAAAUUAAUCAUUUCUUUAUGCAACUAUAAAGUAAAGGAAUGCAUGAGAGAUUAAUGGGAAAAAGAACAUUGCACAAAUUAUAAAAGAUAAAACUGCAGGUGUACGUGAACUGCAGUUCAGCUUGCACAUCAGGUUCAUAAAUAUUAGAAAAAUGGUAUAUUGUAUUGAAAGUGUUUAAUUUAAUCUAAACACUUGAAACAAAUCUGAGCCGCUUAUACUUGCAGAUAAAAAUGCCCUAUUUUCUCCCCACACUACAACAACAUAAGGAAGGUUACGAAAAAGAGGAAGCCUUUAAAUUAAUCUAGCUUGAUUAAUUGUAGUUAAGUGAAUUGAGGCAGUUGUUUCUAUAGAUAAUUUCAGAUUCUUCAGUGAUUAGAAUAUUUUGCUUUAUAGAUGUUGAUCUUGGAUCCCAAGCAGAAUUAUAAUUUCACACCAGAUACACUGAAGUGGCAGUACCUUAGUUCUCUGUUCACUUGUGCUCUUUAGAUUCCUGUUCUCAUACUACUUACUGAUAAAACAGUAAGAAGUGAUUGUUUAAUGGCUGUUAUCUUUACAGCGCAAAUUGUAAAGGUUCCAGAGGCAGCUAAUGUUUAGAUGAAAUACUACAAAAUAUCCAGUCCGAUUAAUCAUUUCUUUUGUACAGUCCAAUGACAUGGUGUGAUGUGUUGCUUCUGUCAAUGCAAGAAUAUCACUGUCCAUGAUGGGGGAGGGGGAUGAUUUGUAAAAAAUCCAGAAUAGAAAGGGGAUGAUUUUAACUGAACCUUUGACAUCAGCUAGUGCAGUUAAGAAUGUCUUCAAAUUCAUCGGAAACAUGCUCAGGUCACCGUGACAUGUUGCUCUGAGGAUGGUAUGCCCCCGUCUGUUCGUUUUCAGUGUAAUCAAAUUGUGCCUCUACUCAUGUUGUUAAUGUUGAAAGAUACCUCAGAUAAUUUUUGUCUCAAAAUAUUUGCGUAAUGUUGUAAGUCUGUUUUAAAAAAAAAUACAAUAUAUGGUGUGAUGUUGGAGCUGUA